AUGAAACAAAUUCUGCUCAAAAACCAAAAAUUAUCAAUUGAUUAUGAAAAACAAUUAAAAAAUCUUCCAGAUGAACUUGCUAAUUAUCGAAGAAAAUUUCGAAAUAAUGAAGAAAAAUAUAAUCAUAUUGUUAAUAAAAUAUUUGAAUAUCUUCAUUUAACUAGAAUAAUCAAUGAAACAACAAAUCAAUCCGAUAUUAAUUUACCAAUAUUAAAAUAA